GCUGGGCGGGAAAGUCGGAGGCUGAGGAGCGGGGCCGGCAGCAGCUGAGCGGUUCGGCUCGGCUCGCGUCACGUUUCACCCCCGGGCCCGCUGCCGGGCUCCACAGGGCCCAACCCCGGGGGGUGCCGCGCCCGCCCGCUGGCCCCGCUCUCUCCCGGUGGCGGCGGCGGCGGGGCGCCGCGCCAUGGCCGUGCCCUUCGUGGAGGACUGGGACCUGGUGCAGACCCUGGGCGAAGGCGCCUACGGAGAAGUUCAGCUUGCUGUGAACAGACGCACAGAAGAAGCUGUUGCAGUAAAAAUAGUUGACAUGAAACGUGCUGUGGACUGUCCAGAGAACAUAAAAAAAGAGAUCUGCAUUAAUAAGAUGUUAAGUCAUGAGAACAUUGUGAAGUUCUAUGGACAUCGUAGAGAAGGCAGUAUUCAGUACCUCUUCCUGGAGUACUGCAGCGGGGGAGAGCUCUUUGACCGAAUAGAGCCUGAUAUAGGAAUGCCUGAACCAGAUGCACAGAAGUUUUUCCAUCAGCUUAUGGCUGGUGUGGUAUAUCUCCACAGUAUAGGAAUAACUCACAGGGAUAUUAAGCCUGAGAAUCUACUGCUAGAUGAAAGAGAUAAUCUCAAAAUCUCUGACUUUGGCUUAGCGACUGUGUUUAAACACAAUGGUCGUGAGCGACUGUUAAACAAGAUGUGUGGCACUCUCCCGUAUGUUGCCCCAGAACUGUUAAAGAGAAAAGAAUUCCAUGCAGAGCCAGUUGACAUUUGGUCAUGUGGGAUAGUACUUACUGCUAUGUUGGCAGGAGAAUUGCCAUGGGACCAGCCUAGUGACAGUUGCCAAGAAUACUGUGAUUGGAAGGAAAAGAAAACAUAUCUUCCACCUUGGAAGAAGAUUGAUUCUGCACCAUUAGCUUUGCUCCACAAAAUACUAACUGAGAGCCCCACAGCAAGGGUUACCAUUGCAGACAUUAAAAAGGACAGAUGGUACAACAAACCUAUGAAGAAAGGUGUAAAGCGGGCUCGUGUCUCCUCAGGGGGCCUUUCAGACUCACCAGGUGGCUUUUCUAAGCACAUUCGGUCCGAUAUGGACUUUUCACCAAGGAAAAGUGCACACAGUGAGGAAAAAGUGAGCUACUCCACUUCUCAGCCAGAACCUCGCACUAGCAUUUCCUUGUGGGACAGCAGUCCAACCAAUAUCAACAAACUAGUACAAGGGAUCAGCUUCUCCCAGCCAGCAUGCCCUGAGCACAUGCUAGUUAACAGUCAGUUACUUGGCACCCCAGGCUCAUCACAGAACCCUUGGCAACGCUUGGUGAAGAGAAUGACCCGUUUCUUUACAAAGCUGGAUGCUGACCGCUCCUAUAAUAGUUUGAAGGAGGUUUGUGAGAAGAUGGGCUAUGUCUGGAAGAAAAGCUGCACAAACCAGGUCACCAUAUCAACUACUGAUAGAAGGAAUAAUAAACUGAUUUUCAAGGUGAACCUGGUAGAAAUGGAGGACAAGAUUUUGGUGGAUUUCCGCCUGUCUAAGGGUGAUGGGUUGGAGUUCAAGAGGCACUUCCUGAAGAUUAAGGGGAAACUGAAUGAUAUUGUCAGCACCCAGAAAGUGUGGCUUCCUGCCACGUGAUCCAGCUGCCAUUGGGAGGUGGAGUGAAUUGGAUGCUGCUACACUGAUAUAAUUUUUAUUUUUAUUCUGCAUCAAGAAAUGCUUGUGGGUGCCAGUAUCUGAGAGUCACUUGCGAUGGAAACCCAUUUGUUUAGGGAUCUGUCUUGACACCAGGACAUUUCCUCAGAGGAUAAGCUUGGUAAAUACAUUUCCAGGGCCUCCCAGAUGAAUUUGGGAUAGUGAUCAUUAAAGUGUUCCUGACUGUAGUAAGUUAGCUGGUGGCAUGCCUUCCUAUUGCUAGCUACUGGCAUGAGGGUUUUUUUUUCUUCUUCUCAGUCAGCAAACCCUCUCAUUGGGAUACUUUGUGCUUCUGUGGGAGCCAGCCUGACUGUUCCACUGACUUACGGAGAGUAUGCCUCCUGCCCCAAGGCUGUUGCAGCCACUGUCUGAUGCAGACUUAGGGUUUUUUUUGUGGGGGCAGGAGGGUAAGAGCCUAUACCUAAUAAAAAAAAAAGUUUCAGCCUCCUUACUGCAUUGCUGUAUCUUCUGAUUUUAAAUCUAUUUGAGCAAUAACUUUUUCUGUUACCCUUUCAUUUAAAAUUUGAUGACAUGGGGUGCAGAGGCUUGGAGACAGUGUGGGUCUCAGUCAUGUAAUUUUGUUAAAUUUAUUAUACCUUUUUGGCCUUUCCUUUUUAUUAAGUAAAGUGGUUGGGCCCAAAGCACUAGUUCUAGUGUGUUGUUCACCUGUCGUUUUACACAUUGCAGGCUAAGAGGUCUGCAGCAGAAUAGAUACUGUAUUAACAUUUUAUGUACCAUUUAUCUUGUUUUUAACUCUCUUUUCCCCUUAUUCAGUGUUUUGUAGUUUUCCCUACAUUGGAAGGUAAAGUCAAACCUAUUAUAUACAACAGCUUAUAUUGGGAAUGUGUUAGAGGGUAGCAGGGCCUCAUGGAAAUAAGAAAUGCCCCUUUCUCUUACCCCUUUCUUGGUACCUAAAAUUCAGACUUAGUUGAGCAGGUUUUUUUUAAUGGUACAUAGUUUAUUUGUAUUAACAAGGACCACUUGCGUCUGACCAAUCACAGUCAAAUGUACAAUGAUGUGAAGAUAAACACGAUCUGUAUAAACUUUUGUAAAUUUUUACAAAAUAAAGUAUAAUCUCAAUUUGAAAGA